GUCCACACCUCCCACUUCACCCCUUGGCUUCCCCCAGGAGGAUGUUCCCCAGCUACAAGGUAAAGGUCACAGGCAUGAACCCCAAGACCAAGUACAUCCUACUGAUUGACAUCGUCCCUGCCGAUGAUCACCGCUACAAGUUUUGUGACAACAAAUGGAUGGUGGCAGGGAAGGCUGAGCCAGCCAUGCCAGGAAGGCUGUAUGUCCACCCGGAUUCUCCUGCCACUGGGGCCCACUGGAUGCGGCAGCUGGUCUCCUUCCAGAAACUGAAGCUGACAAACAACCAUCUGGACCCCUUCGGCCAUAUCAUUCUCAACUCCAUGCAUAAGUACCAGCCGCGGCUGCACAUCGUUAAGGCUGAUGAGAACAACGCUUUUGGCUCCAAAAACACAGCCUUCUGCACCCACGUGUUCCCAGAGACCUCCUUCAUCUCUGUGACCUCCUACCAGAACCACAAGAUUACACAGCUGAAAAUUGAGAACAACCCUUUUGCCAAGGGAUUCCGGGGCAGUGACGACAGUGACCUCCGUGUGGCCCGGCUACAGAGCAAAGAAUAUCCUGUGAUUUCCAAAAGCAUCAUGAGGCAGAGGCUCGUCUCUACUCAGCUCUCGGCCAAGCCUGAUGUCAGCCCCCUGCAUGGUGCCCACCAGGCCCUCCAGCACUACCAGUAUGAAAAUGGUGCUCACAUGCAGUUUGCUGCGGCUGAGCCCCAGGACCUUCCCCUCAACACCUUCCCAACCCAGAGGGACUCAAGCCUCUUCUAUCACUGCCUGAAAAGACGAGCAGACAGUGCUCGCCACCUGGACUUACCCUGCAAGAGAUCCUAUCUGGAAGCUCCUUCUUCGGUAGGGGAGGAUCACUAUUUCCGCUCUCCCCCUCCCUAUGACCAACAGAUGCUGAGUCCCUCCUAUUGUAGUGAGGUGACCCCAAGAGAAGCCUGUAUGUACUCAGGUUCAGGGCCUGAGAUUGCCGGGGUGUCGGGGGUGGAUGACUUGCCCCCACCCCCACUGAGUUGUAACAUGUGGACGUCUGUCUCACCAUACACCAACUAUAGCGUUCAGACCAUGGAGACUGUGCCUUACCAGCCCUUCCCCACGCACUUCACCGCUACCACCAUGAUGCCUCGGCUGCCUACCAUUUCUGCUCAGAGCUCCCAGCCACCAGGAAACACCCACUUCAGUGUCUACAAUCAGCUUUCACAAUCUCAGGUCCGGGAGCGGGGGCCCACCACCUCAUUUCCAAGAGAGCGUGGCCUCCCUCCAGUGUGUGAGAGGAAACCGCCCUCUCCACACCUGAAUGCUGCCAAUGAAUUUCUCUACUCUCAGAGUUUCUCUUUGUCCCGGGAAUCUUCCUUACAGUAUCAUUCAGGAAUGGGGACUGUAGAGAACUGGACUGAUGGAUGACUCUUAUAUCUUCCAGACAGACAGAGGACCAUGUUAAUCCAGUAUUAACCUCUGUGGGUGGAUUGCACUACCAAGAAACCCUCACAGAAAGGAAUUUCCAAAAAUGUGUGUGUGUGCGUGUGCGUGCGUGUGUGUGCGUGCACGCAUGUGCAUAU